CAUCCAUCGUACUCAGAACAGCCUGGGAGGCUGGCAGCAGCUGCCGGCUUUUCUGCUUCGGCAGCCUCGCUUUCCAUACGGUAGUCAUCUUCUUCUUCUCCUCCUCCUCCUCUUGUUUUUGCUUUUGAGGCGCGAGACUGCGUCAGCCCUGCUGCUUUCUGCCACCACUUCCGUUUGAGGUGCGCGGGAACGUUUCGAAGACUCGACAGCACGCGCGAGUGAAGUGCUGCCCGGCCGUGUGGCUGUUUGCGAGACGAGGGCAGCGUUGGACGCAGGGUGAAGCCACGGUCCUCGACAAUCUGCUGUCCCGGCCAAGGCUACACUACCUCCUACAGACUCGCUGUCGAUAUCAUCACCUCCAACGUGCCGGACCUUACCUUCGUAGCGGCGACCCGCUGAUCUGGUAUCCAGCGAGCGUCGUUGACCUUGUUUUUUUUUCUCGUCCUCUGGGCAGGACAGCCACUCAUUCAGCAACACCCACACUCGUUUGUACCACUGAAAACCACGCGCGCACCGCACGACGAGCCCACUCCGCUGGACCAGUGACGAAUUUCCCUUGCGCAACAGCGUGCACCAAACGCAGGAGACGGCCCUCAUCCAUCGCACAUCGCCAUCCGCAAGGUAGAACACGGCAGCGUGCCUGCAGCUGCGCGAGCGCUGUGCGCAGCAUCCAUUGGAGCGACGACGUGGACCAGGACACAUCCAGCCCCAACGAAGAAGGUCUACAGCAGCCAACGCUACGAACACGCCAUCCGGACCUGCAUAUAGGCAUUGUGAAGAUCCAUUGUUCGUGCGCAGCCACCGCCGCUUCCCUUGACCACACGUCUCGAUGAGCCGACCUUACUACGACCAAGGGUAUGGAGGAGGCAUACCCGAACCUCAUUCUUCUGACGAGACCGCACGACAACGACAGAACAUUCAUCCUUCCAGUCGCAUUCCUCGGCCAGGGUUGACCCCAGACCGCAUCCGUGGCUCUCCAGUCAUGGUUCCUAACUUCUCUUCUGCUUCGCCCAUGCACAGCCCGAGAAGAUCCCCAGCUCAUCAGCCGUACCCUCCUACAGCUCAGUCGACACGACAGACUCCAGAGCAUCAACUGUAUGACAGCAACCCGUACGAGUAUCAAGAAGAUUACGGCCAGAAUGAUCAAUGGCCAUUGCACGCCCAGUCUCCCGCGCGAGCCACUCAAGAUCCCACUAACAGCUCUCGAAUGACCCCUCGACGACCUGCGCGGCCAGAUGAGGCUCCUCGGCAACUGGACUAUCGUCAACACGAUCGCGACCCUCCUCGACACAUGCCUCCUAUGAUGCCGACAAAUCGCCAACCCUAUCAUGGACACCCACCUUCACAUCACGGCAAUGGACAGUGGACGGGAGAAGGAUAUAGCUACGCCCCACCUCCCAACUACCCACUACCUAAUAGGCCUUUGCCGCCUGAUGCCGCAACGUCGACCGCGAAUUUCUCUGCUCUACCUGCAUAUCCUCCGCCACAGGUCCCGCAGCAAGCGGCCUACCAGGCACAGGAAAACCGUCGACCACCUCUUGGUCCUCCCCCAUCUGCGCGUCGAGGACCACCUUCCUAUUACCCACAGGUUGGGCCCGUGCAUCCCAUUCUAGAAGAAACCGACAGCAUGCGUGGAAGUAUGCGCACCGGUAGUGUCAAUACGGGUGGACGCGACAGCAAAACAUCUUUCGCCAGCAGCAAUGCUAUCCCCAUCGGCAUCUCUCAGACACACCUCGAGCGCGGCAGAGAGGUGAAAUACCAACCCGUCCAGCGACCAGCGCCGCUUUCUGAUACCGAAGACGAGGAGGAGGAUUACGAUGACUCUCCCACGGAACCUGCCAUUGCUCGCGGAGAGAUCAGAACGCCGGACUACAUGCAUCGUCACGACCAGGCCAGUCCCGAACAUGGAAUCGUGCGACAGGCGAGUCUUGGCAAGCGCAGUAAGCCUACCUUGACUACUGUCAAAAGCUCCGAUCAGGUCAGAAGGAGUGGUGGCGAGGCCAAGAGCAGUCUCGCAGGACUUCCUAGCCAACAGCAAAGUAGCACGCGAGCCGAGCCUCCCGCAUUUGAUAUUUCUGAGCGUACCGAGAGAGCGAGAGCGUUAGCGCAGGAGAUGUUGGAAGGACAGGCACAACCGGGUGCGUCCAGCGUGCAGCAGCAACAAUAUGCCGACAGUGACCAACAACAGCCGAGUACGACAGCUGCAGUGACAGGUGCCACCGCAUCGUACAUGCAAGAGACUCCUUUGGACCAGAAGUCCACCAAACCGACCCCAGAGGAGGCCUUUCGUUCGGGCAGUGCCUUACUCGACGCUUCGUCUGACUCCGAGAGCAACAGCAAUGCCAGUCUCCAUAUCAGGCGACAACGCUCCCGAGAGCUUCUUGGAGCCGAGUUGGCAAAUCAACUCCAUCCACAGCGUUCAACAGCACGCUCACCACUUGCCCCUGCAGUGGACCCCCGCGUCGAGUCUAUUAUUGGCAGUCUCGAAAAGGGUGGUGCUAUUAGUGCAGCUGAGGCGGAAGAGCUUAAGCAGCCGAUGGGCGGCAUGUCUGAACGUGCGGGCAAGCGUAGGCCGCCUCGCCUCAACGUGGAUGCAGUCAAGGAGGCCGAAGCGCGAGGAUCACUGACCAGCUUAUCGGACCUCAUCCGAAGAGCCACUAAACUGGCCUCGAAUCUGGAUCGUGGCAAGACUGCCAGUAGAAUGGGCAUGAAUUGGAUAGAUGGCGCGGGAGCAGACGAGAAGAAACAUCGGUCCGGCAGCAUGUCCGACAUCCUGUCCGCCUUCCCACCGCCUGCUCUCGCGACUUCACCAGGUUCUCGAAACGGCUUCAGACGCAGUCUGGCCAACUGGUCGGUGAAGGGAGACAGACACUCCGCAUUGCCCAGCGAUAGUGACGCUGGCGCAAUCAAGCGAAGAAGAUGUUGCGGCAUGCCUCUGUGGGUUCUCGUCUGCCUCAUCGUGCUGCUGAUCUUGCUCGUGGCCGCCGCUGUCGUUGUACCGGUCGUGCUCAUCGUGCUGCCCAGGCAGGAAGAUGCCGUUGUAUCAAAGGUUGGGACCUGCGCCGCGAAGCUUGUUUGUGCGAACGGAGGAACUAACAUCCUCGGCAGUAAUGGCAUCUGCGAGUGUCUUUGUGUCAAUGGAUACACUGGCUCGACGUGCGCGACAUACCAACAGUCUGGCUGCAGCUCCAUCAGUGCUGGUCCCUCCAGCAAUGCGACCAUCGGCGAAUCCUUACCACGACUGCUCUCCAGCGCCGCUUCCACCUUCAGCAUCCCCCUCGAUACCCAGGAGCUUUUGGGAUUGUUCUCCUCUGCCGAUAUGAGUUGCAACGUGCAGAAUCAACUCGUCACGUUCAAUGGCCAGAGCACGAGGCGAUGGCUCGUACCAAGUUCGGAGGUCCGAGCGCCUUCAUUCAAUGGUAUUGUUACUGCGAGAGAAGAUUCGAGCAGCAGCUCUCCAGCUACGGACGACGCCAGUCUCAACGCACCCAGCACUCCCUCCGCCCUCUCCGCCCCUACACCAGCGACAUCAGCGACAUCCACCACCACUACAACGACAGCUGCAGGGGACGUGAACAGCAAAACCCUCGACUUCGCACGAGUUGCGGUCCUCUACAUUUUCCAAACUUCGCGCGUGCUUCACAUCGCCGCCGACGCACAAGAUAAUCUGCAAUCGUACUUCCGCUCGGGCGAUACAACAGACCAACAGCCAGCGAGUGCCAACAACAUCACGCUCGGCAGUGGAUACGUAGCUGACUUGACCACAUUCAGCUUGAUCACCAGCAAUGGCACCACCGUUGGGAGGCGUCCGAUACGGCGACUUUGACUUUGAGACGGGCACCAAGUUGAGCGCCUACCAUGUGACGAAGGAAAAAACCAAGACGUGGUUCAAGAAGGUGUGGAGGGCGGUCUCACUGCAAUGGCGGUGGAUGGUGGCAACCUGGCCAUUCAAAAUACGAAUGUACUUUCGGUCCUUUGGCCAAACGAGCCAGGGCCUCGGCACGCCAGUCAACGCGAAAUGAGAAACGAGCGACGAUUUGGGAGAGAAGGAUGGCGGGGCGCUCUAAUGGGGCAUGGCACUUUGUACGUGGGAAAGUAGUCGAGACAGAUAGGCACAAAUGAAGGAUGAGAAGCCG